AUGUUUGAUCACCAGGACAGAAACACUUGGCUGAGCGCUGACCGCACCGAUGCGCUGUGCCCCAUCAUUGCGCCGUCCAUUCUCGCCUCCGACUUUGCACGACUUCUCGACGAGUGCCGCGACGUUCUCUCGCCCGCUGGUGGCAGCGCGGAAUGGCUGCACGUCGACGUGAUGGACGGCCACUUCGUGCCGAACAUCUCUGUUGGCAUGUGCGUCGUGGAGGCGCUGCGGCGGCACCUGCCUCACACCUUCCUGGACGUGCACUGCAUGAUCACGCAUCCGGAGCGCUGGGUCGACGAGAUGGCAAAGGCAGGCGCUUCGCAGUUCACGUUCCACAUUGAGGCGACGGACGACGCGCGGUCGCUCGCGCGUCACAUUCGCGCCGCCGGCAUGCAGUGCGGUGUAUCGCUGAAGCCACAGACGCCCGCGCAGGAGGUGGUGGAGCUCGUGCGGGAGAAGCUGGUGAGCAUGGUGCUUGUCAUGACGGUAGAGCCGGGAUUUGGUGGGCAGUCGUUCAUGCACGAUAUGAUGCCGAAGGUGGCGGAAUUGCGGCGUGAGUUUCCACGCCUCAACAUUCAGGUCGACGGCGGUCUCAGUGAGAAGACGGUCGACGUGGCUGCGGCGGCGGGAGCAAAUAUCAUUGUCGCCGGCACCUCCAUAUUUAAGGCGCCUUCACGAAAGCAGGCGACGGAAACGAUGCGCAAUGUCGUGCAGAAAUCUCUCAAUCCUCUGUAA